CGCACGAGCCCGCGCGAGUGACGUCACCGCACCGCAGCGAGCUGGCACCGCCGCGAGCGCCGCUUCCCCGUCCCGGCAGUCGCAAACCAACAACGACGCGAGACGCACGCUCUUUUAUAUUAAAAAUUUGCUGUAAUUUCUUACAAAUAUACGGAUUUUAUGUACAAUUUUGUUUUGCUGAAUUCAUCGCAAACAAAGUGGCGACCGUGACAGGACUGUCAAAUCUACAAUUCAACGAGAAGACGAAGUUAAACGUCGUCGUAAUAUAACGGAAUUCACUUCGCAACAGGGCCGACGGAAAUACUGGUUUGAAUACUAUUCUGGAGGUCAACCUAAGGGAGCUGUGGAAGAAAUAUCAUUACGCUUACAACGUGCGGGGCGCAGCCAGCGUCAGCAACGGAACAAACACUUUGGGGCUCGCACGGUUUGACUGCACAUUUUUAAUUUUUAAAUAGCUCAUUCUUUCUGCUACACGAUGCCGGAGAGUGAAUCGUAUGGAUUGAAAGAAUUGUUGAAAAAACGUAGUACAAUAAAAGGUCGAUUGACUAAAUUUAAAGAGUAUUUAACCGUUUUAUCUCAAAUUAAGCCUGUGGAUUUGACUACUUUACAAAUUAAAGAAGUUACUUUAAGAUUGGCAAAAUUUCAAGAAUUGUUUUCAUCAUUUGAUAAUUUACAGAGUCAAAUUGAAUUGUUAAGCGUUGAUGAUGAUGAACAGCUUAAAGAGAGGGACCUAUUAGAGAAUCAAUUUUAUUCUUCUAUUUCAACUGCACAAGAUAUCCUUGACGCAAUUCCAGUUACUAAAGAGCGUUUCGAUGGGUCCAUGGCUUCUGCUGUUUCAGGUAGUUGUUCUCACGCUAUUAACACUGUUAAGUUGCCUACAAUUAAAUUACCUACCUUUGACGGAAACUACCUCAAAUGGCUGGAAUUCAGGGAUACCUUCGACUCGUUGAUUAAUUCCAAUGAUUCUAUACCUACUAUAAAUAAAUUCCAUUAUUUACGAUCAGCUUUAGAAGGAAGUGCUACUGUUGUAAUAAAAUCAAUAGAGUUUACUACGGCGAAUUACAAGGUUGCGUGGGAUUUAUUAUGUGAAAGAUAUAACAAUAAAAAUAUAUUAAUUAAUAAUCACCUAAAGGCGUUGUAUCACAUUGAACCUAUUACUCGAGAGUCUUUUAAAGCCCUACGUUACCUUAUAGAUCAAGUGUCAAAGAAUUUAAGGGCACUCGGUACUUUAGGCUUGCCAACGGAGCAAUGGGAUGUUUUGGUUGUGUUUAUGAUGUCAUCUAAGUUAGACGUUACAACUAAUAGAAAGUGGGAGGAGCACAAAAACAGUCUUACCACAUUGCCUACUUUAAAUGAUUUUAAUACGUUUUUGAGAAAUCGCGCUGAUGUCUUGGAAACAACUCAAAGUACCCGGUGCGAUAGGCCUGAUAACAAGUCACAUUUCAAAUCACAACAUUCUUCUAAGUCUUUAGUAGCCGCAAGUACUAGUACUGUAGCUCAAAAACGUAUAUGUAGUAUUUGUAAAAACGAUCAUCGUGUUUACCUAUGUCCUACAUUUUUAGAAAUGAGCUUAAAAGAGAGACAAGAUAAAACUGAUAAGUUGAAAUUAUGUGCAAAUUGUCUUCGCGAAGGGCAUAAUGUAAACCGAUGUCGUUUAAAGGGAUGCUGUCGCUCGUGUAAAGGUAAACAUAAUAGUCUACUUCACAUAGAACAAGAAAAUGUUUUAACCUCUGCGCCUGUCUCAUUGGCAGUGUCUAGCACUAAACAAGUUUUAUUGUGUACUGCUGUUGUUGAUAUAGUUAACCCACAAAAUAAUGUGUGUAAACCAGCUCGGAUCUUAUUAGACACUGGGAGCCAGUCAUGCUUUAUAACAAAUGCUCUAAAAAAUAAAUUAGAUCUUUCUAUUAAUAAAAUAAACUCCGUCAACGUAUCUGGCAUAAAUAAUAUAGGCUUCAAUAUUUCUGAGCGCUGUCACAUUCAAUUGAAUUCUCGAGUAAGCUCUUUCACGACUGAGCUAGACUGUUUAGUUGUUCCUAACAUUACUGGGACUGUACCUAGUAAAGAAAUUAAGUUGCAUAACUUAAAAUUGCCAUUAAAUAUAACGCUUGCUGACCCCGAAUUUUAUGAACCGUCUGAAAUUGACAUACUUAUAGAGGCAGACGUCUUCUGGGAUAUAAUAGGUAGCCAGCAGAUAAAAUUAGGUCCAUACCUGCCAACAUUGCAAGACUCUAAACUAGGGUGGCUUAUAUCUGGUCCGGUAGGUGUUGCUUGUUCCAAAGGCAAAGUUAUAUGCAAUUUCACACAAUCGGAUUUACAUGAAACAAUGAAGAAGUUUUGGGAGGUGGAAGAAUUACCCGCAUCUAGUAAAAAUAAUUCACUCUCACUGGAGGAACAGUUAUGUGAAACUCACUUUGUUCAAAAUACUACUAGAUUAAGCAGUGGUAGAUUUUCAGUUAAAAUGCCUUUUAAAGAGUCUCCUGAACACUCUUUAGGUGAAUCAUUUUACAGUGCAAGGGGUAGAUUUUUUAAUUUAGAGAAAAAACUUUAUAAAAAUGAACGUACUAAAAAACAUUACUCAGACUUCAUAAAAGUUUUUACAGUAAAUGAAGGGAAAAUAGACACAAAGGGUUGUUCGUUGAUUGACUUUAAUAAAUACUCACGAUUUGAUAAAUUGAAAAGAAUAGUAGCUUAUAUAUUAAGAUUUAUUAACAAAUGUCGAAAGACGGCUAUUCAAAAGACUGGUGCUCCUGAUAUAGAGGAGUUGGACAAGUCUCUGAAUCUAUUAGUGAGACAAGCCCAAUUUGAAUCUUUCGCAACUGAGAUUAACAAUAUUUCAAAUAAUAAAAAGUUGAACCAUAAAUCUAGGCUUUUAUCAUUAGAUCCCUUUGUAGAUUCUGAAGGAAUUCUUCGUGUAGGUGGUAGAUUACAGAAUUCCAAUUUUAACUUUGACAAAAAGCAUCCUAUACUGUUAGAUGGCAAACAUCACCUCUCUUUAUUGCUUAUGAGACACGAGCAUAUACGUUUAUUUCAUGCUGGUCCUCAACUACUACUAGCUGCGGUGCGUGAGGAAUUUUGGCCUAUCGGAAGCAGAAACUUAGCCCGCAAUGUAACUAGAAAGUGUGUAAUUUGUACUCGUAUGCGCGGAUCUGUUAUCAAGCCUAUAAUGGGUACUUUGCCGGCCGCGAGAGUAUCUCCUAGCUUUGUAUUUGAGGCCUGUGGUGUUGAUUUUGCUGGCCCCUUCGCGAUUUCUAGUAAAAAGGGUCGCGGCAAUAACAUAACCAAAUGUUUCCUUGCUUUGUUUGUGUGUUUACAAACCAAAGCUUUGCACUUAGAGACAGUAAGUUCAAUGUCGACGGAUGCAUUUCUUCUUUGCCUACGCAGGUUUGUCUCUCGGCGAGGUAAACCUCAUGUCAUUUAUUGUGAUAACGGCACUAAUUUUGUGGGAGCAAAGAAUGAGCUAGGUAGAGUUAUCAGAGCUAGCCGCCAAAGUGUUUCCGAUUACGCAAAUAAUGAAAAAAUUAAAUUCGUGUUUAGCCCUGCCUAUGCUCCACAUUUUGGAGGCAUAUGGGAAGCAGGAAUAAAAUCGGCAAAGGGUCACUUAAAACGCGUUAUAGGAAAUGCUUCCCUAACAUUUGAGGAAUUAGCGACGUUAUUUGCACAAAUAGAAGCAAUCCUGAAUUCUCGGCCCCUUACUCCUCUUUCUUCAGACCCAUCCGACUUAUAUCCUUUAACCCCUGGUCACUUUCUUAUUGGGCGACCUCUGAUCUCAGUACCAUCUCUGCCUGUCACCAGCACAAGACCCAACCGAUAUGAGGCAAUCGAAAAGAUGAGACAACACUUCUGGGACAGAUGGCGAAAGGAAUUUAUAGCUGAACUGCAAGAACGCACGAAAUGGAAGACCAGGCAGCAGGAUCUAGCUGUUGGAGACAUGGUCGUUCUGAAAGAAGAUAACUUACCUCCAUUACUAUGGCGCCUUGGGCGCGUUCUUCAAUUGUUUACUGGGCUGGACGGAGUAAACAGAGUAGCAGACAUUAAAACUUCCAGAGGAACGAUAAGGAGGGCAUUUAAUAAAAUAUGCCUGCUCCCUAAAAUGCAAGAUUAGAAUAUCACUAAACUAUCAAUCCUUGAAACAACUCUUUCAACGGGGGGAGUAUGUACGCGCACGAGCCCGCGCGAGUGACGUCACCGCACCGCAGCGAGCUGGCACCGCCGCGAGCGCCGCUUCCCCGUCCCGGCAGUCGCAAACCAACAACGACGCGAGACGCACGCUCUUUUAUAUUAAAAAUUUGCUGUAAUUUCUUACAAAUAUACGGAUUUUAUGUACAAUUUUGUUUUGCUGAAUUCAUCGCAAACAGUCUGCUU